AUGGCGUCUUUGCCUUUAGGGUUUCGACGGACGGUGAGAGCCAAAGACUACAGCGCUCCGUCUCAAGACUGCCCUGCUUCCCAAUAUCAUCGAACUCACUGCGGUCCGGGCGCUAUCAUCGACGGUCGUCGCACAAGUAUUGCCGUAAAUCCCCUCCCGCCUCCACUCGAGAUCUUCCACCCCGCUUUCGCCACCUUCAAGCGUCUGUCUCCAGAGCGUAAUCUCUCUGUCCCUGAAGACUUCGUCAGGACAACUGCAAAGCUCGUGCACGCAGGAUCUCACAUCUUCCCUGACGUGUGGGAACCCGAAGACGGAAUUUGUCGGCUUCUCUCCGCUCUGCUCGGCUUCUCUCUCCAGCAACCUUCCGACAAGACGGUCAAGCGAAAACGUCCGGGCUACUUCAUUCCUUCCGCUGUUCCUCCCCCAUUUUCCGGCACCGCUUCGCUAGCUACGAUUGAGCUUGGUACAGAAUCGGGGACUGGCGCUCUCCGCUCGACAUCCGCGCACAUAGCGCAUUGGUGCGAAGUCGAACAAAAGGCGAGCCUUUCCAUUCAGGCCAUCACGAUCCUUAACAGCUGCUUCACGCCCUCCUUCGUGAUCGGCGUCGACGGCCCGCACAUCUCCAUCUCGGGUAUCAUGAUCACGGGCAAGCCCAUCGUACAACACUUGAGAGACAUCUGGCUCUCGCAGGACCACCACCGUGACGGGGAAGUGCUCCUGGAGAACGCGCGGGUCCUCUACGCCCUCAAGCUCGCACUCGAACGCCUGCACACGUUCUACACUGACCUUCCUCUCCCGACGACAGACGCAUAUCGCUUCUUCCCUCUCGCCACUCGGUACUCAGCGCCAGACGGUCGUCCCGUGAACCUUACUUAUAUCGACGUGCUGAAAAAGCCCGGCGAAAGCUCCACCGUGUUUCUCGCGCGCCUGGACGUGCCGGAGCCGCGCCACGUUGUCGUCAAGUUCGCGGAACGGUACGGCGUCCGGGCGCACGAGCUACUCGCGGAGGCCGGCCUGGCGCCUGCCCUGCUCUACCACGGCGCCGUCUGGCCUGGGGAGGACUACCACGGCCACGAGAUGGUCGUCAUGGAGCACGUGGAGGGCGUCCCCGCGUUCGAGCCGGAGUGGCAGAGCGCCGCCGCGCCCGAGGUUGAGCGCGCGAUGAAGAUCCUGUAUGACAACGGGAUGGUUCAUGGAGAUCUGCGCCCGCCGAACAUCUUGCUCUUGCACGGCUGGGAGCAGGGUGUUGAAGGCAGGGUGAGGAUCAUCGACUUUGACUGGGCGGGUCGGGAGGGCGAGGUGCGCUAUCCAGGCCGAUUGUCGAAGCAGGUGUUCCCGGUGGACGGCAUUGACGACCACUCUCCGAUUACUUACGCGCACGACAAAGGGAUGUUAAGUCUGCUCCGCAGAGGCGCUCACCGCCCUUAG